UGCCAGCGGACAGCCGCGCCAUGCAGCACAGCAAGUCCUUCCUCAUUAAGGACCUGCUGGGGGAUGUCCUCACCGACAGGGAAGAAGAGUCGGAAGAGGAUCGGGAGGCAGAGCACGUAGCCGACGCGAGCGCCAGCAGCGGCAGCGGCGGGGGCGACGCGGGCCCGGCGGCGGCAAGCAAGGGGCGCAAGCCGCGUCGGCGCAGGACGGCGUUCACGCACGCGCAGCUCGCCUACCUGGAGCGCAAGUUCCGCUGCCAGAAGUACCUCUCCGUGGCCGACCGCAGCGACGUGGCCGACGCGCUCAACCUCAGCGAGACGCAGGUCAAGACCUGGUACCAGAACCGCAGGACUAAGUGGAAGCGGCAAAACCAGCUGCGCCUGGAGCAGCUGCGGCAGCAGGCGUCGGUGGAGAAGGAGCUGCUGUCUGCGCAUGCGCCCGCAGAGCCGGCAGCCUGCUGCCCCUACCAGCCGCCCGCCUUCCUCACCACGGCCGCCGCCAUCUUCCGCAACGUCACCUACGUGCACGGCUGCCAACUGUAG